AUGGCUUUAUAUUAUGAUGAAAUACUCGCUGGAAAUUGUGCCGGACAAAUAAAUAUUAUGCCACCGCCUAGCUCAAAUAAAACUCUUCUAAAAGAUAAAAAACAAUUAUUAAAUCUAACGGAUGAAUUAGGAUUUUCUAUUGAAAAGUUAUUUGAUAUGGGUCGACAAUUUCUAAAAGAUAAACAACAAAAUAAAGAAAUACAAUUAAAAUAUGGUGAUAAUAUACGCUUAAUUGCUUUAUCUAAACAAAUAAAAAUAGGUAAAUGGAAUGCAUCAUAUACGCAAGAUGUUGGAUUUCUUGAUGUUGUUGGUAAUGAUCGAAAACAAGCAUGGAUUACUUUAGGUGAUAUGACAAAAGAGCAAGCUAUGGAAGAAUAUGUUAAAUUAUUAUUAGAACGUUGUCCAAUGUUUCAAACAUAUAUUGAAACACAACAUAAUAAAACUGAAGAGGAUAAUCGACUAAGAGAAGACGAUGAAACUCGUCGUACAUUAGAACAGGAAGCUGAACAAUUAAGACAACGCGAAUUAGAACAAUUUCUACGUUUGGAAAAACAACAGAAAAAACGAGAAGAUUUUCAACGGAAACAAAUUCAAGACGUACUUAAUCAACAAACUUACGCACAAUUCAAAGCGUACGCCGUACAGCAGUAUCGAGAUAAUCCACAAGCACAAGAACAAUUGAUUCGUCAAUUGCAAGAUCAACAUUUUCAACAGUAUAUGCAACAAGUUUAUCAACAACAAUUACUUGAUCAACAACAUCAACUUCGAAUUAAAACAAACAUGGAACAACAACAACUACAACAACCAGAAAAUUUUAUAUCAAAUACAGCUCAACCACCACUAUCAUCAGCAACAAAUGUGAUACCACCACCAGCGGCAAACAUGGUACCACCACCGCCAACGAACAUGGUAUCUCAACCACCACCAGCGGCAAACAUGGUACCACCACCACCAACAAACAUGGCAUCACAACCACCGCUGAAUAUGGUAUUACCACCAUCGGGACUUGUGAUAUCACCACCGGUCGCUAAUUCAUUACCAUCACCAACAAUACCUGACAACACAAUAGUUCCACCACCAUCACUAAAUGUAGUUCAUCCACAGGUACCAACGAAUAUGAUAUCUCCAUCAUCACCAACAAAUGUAUUUUCACCACCCGUAUCAACAGAUAUGGGACCAUCAUCAAAUACGAAUCUGACAUCUGCUUCAAAUAUUCCUUUACAACCAAUGUCUCAAAUAUCACCUCUUGCUCCUGCACCGGCUCAAUUACCACCUUUAGUUCAUCCUCCUCCCAUGAUGCCAUUUCAAACGUCAAUAAGUAAUAAUAAUGCAACUCAAGAAAUAAAAUUAGAACCCAUUGGUUCUUUUCAAACACAAUUUGAAACACUCACUCUCAAUACUCCAUUGGAACUAAUCACAUCUGCCGUUCCACAAGCACCCGUUAACGAAGAUUUAACACAACAACAACAACAAUAUCCAUCAGGACAAAUCAACAAUGAAUUAAAUACUACACAAGAAUUAGUAAAUGGUAAUUCAAUUGUCCCACCCAUCGGUGAAGCUAACGCUAUAGUAAAUCCAAAUGGUGAAUUAUCCUUAGUACCAGAAGAAGGUAAACGUGAAUUACCAAAUAUAACUCCAGCAAAUAUGUGGACAAGAAAAGAUAUAAAAGAAUUUAAAGAACAAAUACGUAAAGAAAAAGAUGCUGUUAUUAAAAUUGGCAGUGGUGAAACUGUUACAGUACGAGUUCCAACACAUGAAGAUGGUCAAUGUAUAUUUUGGGAAUUUGCGACAGAUUAUUAUGAUCUUGGUUUUGGUUUGUAUUUUGAAUGGGGUAAAGCACAAUCGAAUAGUGUUACAGUUCAUGUUAGUGAUUCAAGUGAUGAAGAAGAGAAUGAAGAUGGAACUAAUCCGGAAAAGAAAGAUAUUGAAAAAGGUAGUGGAAGUACAAAUAAACCACCCAAACCACCCCAAGAUGAAAUAGUUCCAAUCUAUCGUCGUGAUAGCCAUGAAGAAGUAUAUGCUGGCAGUCAUCCAUAUCCUGGACAUGGAGUUUAUUUACUUAAAUUUGACAAUAGUUAUUCAUUAUGGCGUUCAAAAACACUUUAUUAUCGUGUUUAUUAUUCAAAAUGA